AUGGAUGUUCAACUCUAUGUCUACGACUUGUCUAAUGGACUCGCUAGACAAAUAUCCGCUCCCCUGCUCGGCACGUUUAUCGAUAUGAUAUAUCAUACAAGCAUCGUAAUCGAAGGGGUAGAAUACACUUACGAUGGGGGUAUCAAGGCGCUGGAAAGUGGUAAGACCCAUCUGGGACCGCCGUUGCAAGUGGUGAAUCUGGGGAGGACGGAGCUACCCAUGGAAGUGAUAUUGGAAUACUUGGACUCUAUGAAGGAUACAUAUACCAAAGAGGCUUAUAAUCUUUGGACAAACAAUUGUAACAACUUCUCCAACGAUUUUUCCAUGUUUCUACUUGGCAAAGGCAUACCUGAACACAUCACAAAUCUCCCCAGCACUUUCCUCAAUUCUCCAUAUGGUAGAGCUCUUAUGCCAGAGAUAAAUAAGAUGGUCGACCGUCGCAACCGGAAGCAAGGCGCUCUACUGGGUCUGGGCACCGACGACGACGCUCCUCCAAAGCCUGGACAGGUCGAUUCUUCAGUAAGACAUAUCAGCAGUAUGCCCAAGCUUGAAUCCGCACUGGAGGAGGCAAAGAGAUCAAGCGCUAUGAUAUUCUUCACCUCCGAGAACUGCCCGCCCUGCAAAACGCUUUACCCACUCUACGAUCGAUUGGCUGAAGAGUCAGUACACAAAUGUAUCUUGAUCAUGGUCGAUGUUUCUAGGGCCUACAAUAUUGGAACCAAGUACAAUAUCAGGUCAACACCCACAUUCAUGUCAUUUCUGCAUGGCGUUGAGCAGGAAAGGUGGUCUGGAGCCGAUCCUGCGAAAUUACAGGGAAAUAUCCAGAUGCUCGCUCAAAUGGCCUUUCCACAACAUGCUCAUGAGAAUUUGGAUCUCCCAGCUUUACGUGCCUCAAACACUCAUCCUGUUUUGUUCAGCAAGGUUCCUCCGUUGGGCAAACUCAAGGUCAAGAUGGGUGCAAUCGCAGAAGAUGCCGCUGUCUCCGGUAUCCUUCACUUCGUCUCUAUACGCGCAGAGAAAAACCCAUCGGAGGCGACCCUACCAGACAUGGAAGCAUUCAGUAGAUUCCUGAGAUCUGCCCCUUCAAAACUUCCAAUCGAAACUAUGUUCACCAUCGUCGACCUGCUGCGUCUUGCACUAGUCGACUCGAGAGUAACCGGCUAUUUCGCAGAAGAAAAGAACCACUUCACCAUCUCACCCCUCAUAACCUACGUCAAUGACCUCGAAAACUGCCCCUACCCUCUACGCCUAGUCACGUUACAAAUGUGCUGCAACCUCUUCUCCAGCCCCUUAUACCCCCCUCAUAUCCUCAAAUGCCCAUCCCUCUCCUCCCCCAUCGUCGAACUCAUCACCACAAGUCUCCUCGACAGCACCCACCACAACGUCCGUGUCGCAGCCGCGGGCCUGGCCUUCAACAUGACGACCGCAAACUUCAAGACUCGAAAGCAAGAAGGUCGCGAGGGACUCCCCGAGAGCGAUCAAAUCGAACUUGCAGCUUGUCUCCUUGAGGCCAUCAGCGUCGAAGAACAGUCGCCUGAAGCUCUGAAGGGAUAUUUAUUAGCUUUCGGAUAUCUCGUCUAUUGUGUGCCUGCUGGUGGUGAUCUGGUAGAUUUGCUGAAAAGUAUGGAUGCUCAAGGGACGGUUCUGUCGAAGAAGAAGCUUUUUGCGGAUGAGAAGCUGAUUCUGGAUAUUGGGAAUACUUUAUUGGGACAAGGGCUCAAAUGA